GGAGUUUGUGUUUGCUCUGUCUAGGAUCAAGCCUACCAUACCAGGGACCAGGCUAAACCCAGACUACCACUGCCUCUCCCUGGGCCCCACUGACCUCAGAAAGCAACCAUUGUAAUCAUGGGCAAUAUCUUUGGAAACCUUCUGAAGAGCCUAAUUGGGAAGAAGGAGAUGCGCAUCCUAAUGGUGGGCCUGGAUGCUGCAGGGAAGACCACCAUCCUGUAUAAGCUGAAACUCGGGGAGAUCGUCACCACCAUCCCCACCAUCGGGUUUAAUGUGGAAACAGUGGAAUAUAAGAAUAUCAGCUUCACAGUAUGGGACGUAGGUGGCCAGGACAAGAUUCGGCCCCUCUGGAGACACUACUUCCAGAACACCCAAGGCUUGAUAUUUGUGGUGGACAGCAAUGACCGGGAGCGAGUAAACGAGGCCCGAGAGGAGCUGAUGAGGAUGCUGGCGGAGGAUGAGCUCCGGGAUGCUGUGCUCCUCGUGUUCGCAAACAAGCAGCUGAAGUGCCUCUCUAAACUGACACUGGAAAAGGAUGUCACCACUUGUGAGACACUGUAUAAAGUCACUGUAACAACUGUCCCUCCUCACGGCACCAAGCGGCUCUUUCCUGAAAUUCCUCUUGUGAGAGAAAGAAAGCGGAUUGGAAGACACAAACUCAGGGCCAGUGACAAGAUGCUCCCUCCUCCGGUGAGACCGCCCCCGCUACGCCUGGGGGAGGAAGGCCCCACCUCUCUCCUCCAAGCGAGCUCAGGGCCCCCUCCCCCUUCCCCACCCUCUCCCCACCUGCUGCCCUCUUCCCAACCUGCCCUUCCCAACACCCCCAAAGCGGAGCGCGACCAGGAGAACAGUGCGCAGCGGGGCCUCACCAGCAGGCCCUGA